CAGUACGAGGCUAAAGCAGUUGCUGUUGUAGCUCGAUAGCUUCAAGAGACUUAGCAUACUGACAUUAGCACACAACGUUAAACUAUGGCAGGAGACGAGAACAUUUUUCUAAGAGCGAAACACCGGACGUAUGAAGGUUUAACGGAAGGACAGAAUGGGAUACUACCAUCAAUUCAUGUGGGAGGAAGAGAACGAUGCAUGAAGAGCAUGUAUAGAAGUGUAGUACUUGAGUUGCUGGGAGAUGAGGAGAAAGAGUGGAGUGGGCCGUUUUGCUUCAUCCAGGCGGCUGACCCGCAGCUGGGUCUGAUGAAGGCAUGGAGGAUGGGAGACUGUGAUGGAGGAGGAGAUGAGUGGGCAGAGGAGGUGCAGCUCACCAAGCAAGCUGUCGAGGCCAUCAACAAACUGCAGCCCCGGCCCCGCUUUGUUGUUCUCUGUGGGGAUUUGAUCCAUGCCAUGCCAGGUUGUCAAUUCAGAGAGGAUCAGGAGAAGGACCUGAAGGAUGUUCUGCGCGCCACCGAUCCGGACAUUCCGCUUGUGUUUGUCAGCGGUAACCAUGACCUGGGCAACGCUCCCACUCCGGACACUGUGGAGCAGUACUGCCGCGCCUGGGGUGACGACUACUUCAGUUUCUGGGUGGGUGGAGUGCUGUACCUGGUGUUGAACUCCCAGCUGUUCUUUGAUGCAUCAGGCUGCCCUCAGCUGGAGGAAGCUCAUGAGGCCUGGAUGGAGAAACAGCUACAGAAAGCAGCCAAGAGCUCAGCACGGCACGUCAUUAUCUUCCAGCACAUUCCUCUCUACCUGAGGACUCCAGACGAAGAGGAUGACUACUUCAAUCUGCAACGAGCCAAGAGAGAGAAUCUGAUUCACAGAUUCUGUCAAGCAGGUGUCAAAGCCGUAUUCUCAGGUCACUACCAUCGCAAUGCAGGUGGGUGCCAUGCAGGACUGGACAUGGUGGUGAGCUCAGCUAUUGGCUGCCAGCUGGGCGACGACACACACGGGGUCCGGGUGGUGGUGGUGACUGCUGAUAAGAUCAUCCAUCGCUACCACAGUCUGGACCAGCUGAGAGAGAAGGGCAUAGAUGAAGAUCUGAAGAAACUCUUAUCUUAAAUGAAAGUUGCAGGCAGACUUUUUGACCUUUUUGGAAUAGAUUUGUUGGUUCUAGAUCAGUAGAAAGAAAAAAACAAAAACACAGUUGCUUUCAACUGGCAACGCCUUUGAACAAAAACAGUCAUUUUGUGUCAACAUCCAGAAGGCAUCUGAAUAAUAAUCUUCUGCACGCACAGGAGAAGGCAGUGAAAAUCACUAUAUUUUUUUAAGGUGUCAUUAGAGUGCAAUUUCCAUUCUGAUUUUCAAAUUCCUUAGUUGCUGUAAUGUUUUGGUCUUUCCUGUCAGAAAUAUGAGGUUUGGGGAUGUAAUUUCAUGUAUAAGCAAUAUAACUAUCUCUCUUUUCAUCUUCCAUGCUUUAAUCAAACAUCUUGACAUUUGAAUCAGUCGAACAUACUCGAGAAUCCCCUAUUUCUUUAUACCCACAUCCCCUAAUCACACUAAUAAGCCAGUGGAAGUAGUGUUCAAGCUGCUCGUUUGGUGAUUUCAUCCUCUGUGUCCAAGCCCAUUACACUCUCCCAACUCCAAGAGGUGAGAAGAGGCAAUCUCCAUGGCAACCAUUGAAAGACAUGACAGUUAAGACUGUAACUUACAGAGACUUGUUCAGUCAUCAGAAACCGUUGCUGAUUUUCAUCUCACACUUGUGGUUUUAUCUCUCAGGUUCAGAAUGCACUGUGAUGAUUUGAUGCAGGAAAAAAAAAAAACAGAAGCUAAAGUCUGUGUUGAGCCAGGGAUUGUACUCAUUUCGCUACAUCUGCCUUUGUAAUGUACAAACCAAACCUACCAGUUGUGAAAGGGAACAUCAUGAGGGAUCACUGCACUACCUUGCCCUAAGCCAUCUUUUUUGUAGCAGUUUGUUUAAAAUACACAGUAUAUAAUAAUUCCAAUCAUUAGCGAUCGAACCAAUAUUUAUGGAAGCACCUUUGGGGAUCCUCCUGUUGGCAGUUGUGUGCUUAAGUGCAGGAAUGUAAAUAAGAGCUAAAUGUCUCAAGGAUUAAAAUAAACAUAUUUGGACUGCUCCAACUGUUCUUUCACCUUUUAGCUGUGUUGACUUGAAUAAUGUCUGUAAAAAAAAAAAAAAGAUAUGUAUUAAGCAAUGCAUUUUUCAUAAUCUUUUGUGAAACUGAGCCAAGAAAACAGUCCACAUGGGGAAAAUAUUACAAUUUAUUAGAUUCUUUUUGGUAUGGAGUUCAAAUAGAAAACAGUAUAUGUUCAAUAUUUAUACUAGAUGGCUUUACAGAUGUGUAAUCAUUUUUGAACUCACUGUAUUGUUACAUUUUUAUGUCACUGGACAUUUGCAAUAAAUGUUUUGUGGUCUCCAGUCA